CUGGUUGACUUUUACCUGGGAGGUAAACUGCUGGUUUCGGUUCGUCGAUGGGAACAAGACGCAGCAGCCAGCGGUUCUGUUCGGUCCAGAAGUGAGAGAUCAUCCCCCCUUCUUUCUCUUUCUCCGGUGUGACUCAGGGUCCCCGCUGCGGACGGGAUUUCUCCGGGAAUUUAGAGUCUGUGCGCAACAGCGAGGAGAGCAGGUGGACCGACAGGACAGGAGCAGGAGGAGGAGAAAGAGGAGGAAGGAGCCAGUGAGUGGAAAUCAACUGGUUGGUUCGGUCCGGUGCAGUUUUAUUAGUAUGCGGCUGAUCACCUCCCAGCCUGCUGAGUGACUCCUCGCCUCGGGAGGGGAGGUGGGGAAGGAGCCGGACUACAGCGGCGGCGGUGCCGCGCAGAUUCCACGGACACGCCGCGGAUCAGAAAGAUGAUGAGCUUUCUGCGCCGGACGUUUAGCCGCCGCUCCCGCUUCCCGGUUAGAGAGAGGGAUGAGCGGGACGAUGCGGGAGGGGUGACGGGGAACCCCCUGCUCCUGCCCCACCAGCAGCAGGUAGUCCACGCACCUGCCGUGGUCAGCGGGGGAGCCACGGUCCACAUCCCGGCGGCGGGGACCGCGAGGAGCACCAUCAGCUGCCGCGUCCUGCUGCUGGACGGCACGGAUGUCAGCGUGGAUUUACCCAGCAAAUCCAAAGGCCAGGACCUUUUUGAUCAGAUUAUGUAUCACAUCGAUCUGGUGGAGACGGAUUAUUUCGGCCUGCAGUUCAUGGACACAGAUCAGGUUUCACACUGGCUGGAUAUGUCCAAGCUUCUGAAGAAACAGGUCCAGGAAGGUCCGCCUUACCGGCUCUUCUUCAGAGUGAAAUUUUACUCCUCAGAGCCAAAUAACCUGCGCGAGGAAUUUACACGGUAUCUUUUUGUGCUGCAGCUUCGGCAGGACAUUUUGUCUGGCAAAUUAAAAUGUCCGUAUGAUGUGUCGGUGGAGCUGGCGGCAUAUUGUUUACAAGGUGAGCUGGGCGACUGCGACCCCUUGGAGCACUCCCCCGAGCUGGUGUCGGAGUUUCGUUUCACUCCCAAACAGAGUGAGGCCAUGGAGGCGGACAUCUUCAGCAGGUGGCUGGAGCUCAGGGGUCAGAGCCCGUCUCAAGCAGAGAUUUCAUUUCUCAACAAAUGCAAGUGGCUGGAACUUUACGGCGUAGAUAUGCACUUUGUCAAGGGCAGAGAUGGAGGUGAAUAUGCACUGGGUCUCACCCCGACCGGAAUCCUGGUUUUUGAAGGCUCCAACAAAAUUGGGCUUUUCUUUUGGCCCAAAAUCACCAGGCUGGAUUUCAAAAAGAGUCGCCUGACUCUAAUGGUGGUGGAGGACGAUGAUCAGGUUUGUCUUCUUUUAAAUUUCUUCAGAUACACAAACCAGUGUCAAGCUCUAAGUUUGGUUAUACUUUCCAUAAAGGGUCGGGAGCAGGAGCACACAUUCGUCUUCCAGCUGGCCAGCGCCAAGAGCUGCAAACACCUGUGGAAGAGCGCAGUGGAGAGCCACGCCUUCUUUCGCCUGCGGCAGCCGACUGCCGGCAAGGCGAGCCGCAGCGACUUCACGCGGCUGGGCUCCCGCUUCAGAUUCAGUGGGAAGACUGAGUAUCAGGCCACUCAUGGAGGCAGACUGAGGAGAGCCAGCACAUUUGAGAGGAGGCCGAGCAAACGAUACCCCUCCCGCACCCAGUCGCUGGGCAAAGUUGCCAUUUCCCCUGCAAAGCCUCUACAUAUCAGCUCUCAUGCCAGCCCUGAUCUCAGUCCUCACGCGGCUCUCCAUGACCCUCUUCAGUACCAACACAACAUUCCUAUUGGUCAUGAGGCUUGGCAUCCGCACCACCCCGCUCUCACCCUCCCGGUUUACCUACAGCCCUCCGCUCAUACUCCGUCACACAGCUUCCCGCUGAGCAGUUCGGCUUCAGACCAUCAGUACAGCUCAUCCGAGAAUGAAAAUUCAUACUCUGGCAAAACCCACCAUCGUCACCGCCGCCACACACACAGCCAAGACAUGCUCUGCCACACACACACAAAAAACAAACGUCGCGCUCCUCCCAGCCCUUCUGAUGGUAUGGACGUCUCUCAUUCCCUGCUAAAAGCUUUGGAAACAGACAGCGAUUCUACGCCCUGGCCUACACUCCACAUCAACAUUGACAACAAGGGGGAGGAGAAACAGCUGUCAGAAAAAUCUCUGCAUCCUCCUGCAUCUCCAGGGACGCUCCCGGAUCACCUCAAAUGUAACAUCCUUAAAGCCCAAAUGGAAGCCGCUUUCAGGAAGGAUGCUCCUCUGACACCCAGAGGGAAAAGCUCAAAUGAGACCAGCAGUGACAGGUAUCAGAGUUCAUCCCAAGACUCAGCAGCGUCUAGUUUGACAGCUGAAAAGACACCUCGCAGGCAGGAUCGUAGUUUAACACCGGAGAAGCUGCAGGCCAAAAGCAACCCAAGCUCCAACCGCAGAAAACGGCUGGUCCGACAAUUCAGCUUCAACCACGAAGAUGAAGAUAAUCUGCCAGAAGCACUGGCAGCCAUCUCCUCUCAGAGUGCAGGAAAGUCAGGGUCAAGCAGUUCCCUGGACAAACAGAUACAACCAUCUAUUUACCCACAGGUGGAUAAUAUGCCAGCACUGGAGCUGGGUAGUCCGUGUUGUACCUCCCCUUCGCCUUCCCCUCACCUCUCCCCUUCUUACUACCGUAGCUCCAUGCCUCACUUGGCCCCUUACCUCACUGCCCAUAACAACAGCGGCGAGGAAAUAAAGAUGGACCGAGAGAAGAUCCUAAGAGCCCUACUGAUGACUGAACUCUGAGAUCUCUACCACUGAACCCUGUGGCCUGUAAGAAACACUCAGAAACCCAAAUGAAGCUUCACAUAAGUCAAACUUCGGUUGGCAUUUGUAUAUUUGCAAGAUUUGAAAAUAUAUUUGCAUUACUGUAAAUUGUAAUAUCUGCUAAUCUAUUUCAGAGCAAUGUUUUGAUUACAUUUAUUAAACUAUAAAUGGAGUUGCGUGGACACCCUAGUCAUAAACUAUACAUCUGCUGGUGCUGCCUGCAUGAUACACUUGUUUUCUCUUCUCUCUAUAAUUAUAUUGUAUUUUUUUUUCUCUAAGGUUCAUAUUUAUUUAACCAUCACUGUGCCCCAUGCUGAAGCAUGAAGCAAUUGUCAAAGCGCUGAUCCCCUCAUAAUAUUACUGUUAGUGAGGCCAUUUUCAAAUCAUUUUAGCUCCAGUGUGAGAUACGCAUUGUAAUGAUUGUGUUGAUGACAAAAGGAGGCCCUGUAAAUGCUUACUUCUGUAUUGUAUUUAUUAUGUAAUAUAUCCAUUUUUACAUGCCAAAACAUUUGCAGUAUUUGUGGUUUGAAAAAUACUGAACAGAAUGUGUUUGAAGAGACUCGGAUGUGGAAAACUCUCUAUGUAGAAAUGUAAUGCAAAAGACUGUGGAAGUGACCCAGUCUGCCCACUAGAAGGAGACAAAUCAAAGAUGUUGCUGUGAGGCGCUCCUGUUUUUCAGGUUAUCACAAGGAAGAGGAAACCCUGCUAUUUUUUUAUAUGCAAUUUUCAUCGCAGCUCAACUGCAAAUGUGAUCUAAGAGAGCAUGUUCUUGGAAAUAAAG